GGUUAAUAAUCGUCAGUCCGCUUUACUCUUUCCAUCCAGUUGCUUAAUCUGUAAUCCGAGCAGCGUAUAAAAUCAGACGGUGCACUGAGGAUUUCCACCAUUUCGCCGUUAUCUUUUAUUUAAUUCCAUAAAUUUUACCAUGAAAAACAUCAUCUUUUUCGCUGCUGUCCUCGGAGUUGCUUAUGCGACGCCGGUCAAACGCGCUGCCAGCGCCCAGAACCCGCCGGUAUGGACGGCUCUUGACCAGUUAAGCGGCCGGAAUAAACUGAGCACAGCGGAUAUCUAUAAUCUGUAUGUCAGCGCUCGCGCUGGGCAGGAUUAUCCCACAUAUAACGCUAACGAUAUUCCCCAAGGAAACUGGGAUUGCUCUGCUCACCAACCGGGUUAUUAUGCCGACACUGACUUCAAGUGCCAAGUUGUUCGCCGAUGUGACGUCAACGGCAACAUGACCUCGUACAUCUGCCCCAACAUGACGCUGUUCAACCAAAUCACCCUGGUCUGCCACUGGUUCUGGGAGGUCGACUGCAGCCAAGCUGCCAAAUUCUACGACUACAGCAACAGCCGUCUGUACCAGGGCGCUGAUGUGCCGCUGCUGGACAACCAGGACAACUACCAGGCGGUCAAUCUGGCGCAAGGCCGAUCGGAUCUGUACACUGUCACAUGGGACGUUAAGCCCAUCGCCGGGAAAGCGAGGAAAUAGUGAUGGAUGACAUAUGAUCUUAUUGCACUUUUUUGUGAUUUGUUUGUACCGUUUUCUAGCACAAGCGAUUCCGAUAGGCUUUGCUCACAUUGUUCUCAUAAUAUUCUGAAUGUUCUGGCGCCUGUAAAUUUCUCACCAGUUGCAUUAAAACUGUAUAAGACUAUAAGUGGUGUUAUCAAGGGCGAUUGUGAGACAGUGAGGAUCGUACUUACAAUAAAGUGAUCAACCCUA